UACAACAAAUAUCCCAAUUGAGAAGAGACUGAAAAUUUAAAAUUUCUUCAUAAAGGAAAAAUCCCCAAAAAUUCAGUUCACAAAGAGGAGAGUGUAAGCAUUGUUGAGAGCAACAAUGGCUGCUUCCAAGAUAGCAGUGGCCACUCUAUCCUUAACCCAUUUCCGGCCAUUUUCCUCCGCCUCCAUGCCCUCUCUUUCUCCUUCUUUCUCCUCCAGGUUGGUUCCUCAUCCGCCGGACCUUAUCAAGUGGGUCCGUAGAGAAGGCGGAUUUGUCCACCACGCUCUCAACAUAGCUCCCUCUCCCGAUGCCCAUACUGGCCUUGGACUCCUCGCUUCCGACCACAUUCCCAAAGGUUCUGAACUUAUUAUCCUUCCUCACAAUCUUCCCUUGCGCUUUGAGUCCCCCGAAGCCGGCGAUUCUGAUGAGGCCGACUCCGUUCUUAUCAAUUUGGCUCGCCAAGUUCCUGAGGAACUGUGGUCCAUGAAAUUGGGUUUGAAACUUCUGAAAGAAAGGGCAAAAGUUGGAUCCUUCUGGUGGGCGUAUAUUGGCAACCUCCCCGAAGUUUUCACUGUUCCCAUAUUUUUUUCUGGAGAUGAUAUCAAGAACUUGCAGUAUGCUCCUCUUCUUUACCAGGUAAACAAAAGGUGUCGCUUCCUCCUUGAUUUUGAGAAAGAAGUCAAACGUACUCUUGAUAGUAUAAAGCCUGAAAAUCACCCUUUUGGUGGCCAAACCGUAGAUGCAUCAUCCCUUGGAUGGGCAAUGGCAGCAGUCUCAUCAAGGGCAUUUCGUUUAUAUAGUAAAAAUCUCACUGAUGGUACUCCAACCAGUGUCCCCAUGAUGCUCCCUCUCAUUGAUAUGUGCAAUCAUAGCUUUAAUUCAAAUGCACGUAUCAUCCAAGAACAAGAUGCCUCCAUGAAGUUGAAGGUGAAGGUUGUAGCAGAGACUGAAAUUGAAGGAAACGCUCCUUUAACACUAAAUUAUGGCUGUCUGGACAAUGAUCUUUUCCUGCUUGAUUAUGGAUUUGUGUUACCAUCAAAUCAAUAUGAUUACAUUGAGCUAAAAUAUGAUGAAGCUCUCUUAGAAGCUGCUAGCAUUGUUGCAGGGAUUUCUUCAGAAAAUUUUUCUUCUCCUGCUCCAUGGCAAAAAUUUAUAUUAACAAAGUUAAAUCUACAUGGAGAAGCUGCUCUUCUCAAGGUGAGUAUCGGUGGUUCAGAAGUAGUUGACGGUCGCUUAUUGGCUGCAUUAAGAGUAUUGCUUUCAGUUGAUGAGGAAAUGGUACAGAAGCAUGACUUGAGCGUUCUCAAAUCUUUAUCAGCUGAAGCACCUCUUGGUAUUGCAAAUGAAGUAGCUGCAUUACGUACGGUAAUUGCUUUAUGUGUGAUUGCAUUGGGACACUUCCCGACAAAGAUAAUGGAGGACGAAACCCUUUUGAAAAAGUGUGAAAGCGAAACAUCUAAAUUGGCAAUCCAGUUCAGACUUCAAAAGAAAUCAGUUAUCAUAGAUGCGAUGAGCAACCUCACAAGAAGGGUGAAGUUACUUUCAUCCAAAGCGGUCUCUCAGGGUUAAAAAUGAUGGCAAAUCCAUACCGAAAGGACCUUGAUGGUGAACAAGUCUUUUAAGCCAGUUGAUUGGAGUGGAAGCUAUAACAAUAUGUUCUCGUCUCAGAAUUUCUACGCCCGAGGCAACGUUAGUGGGAAGACUGAUACACAGUUUGCAGAGACCCAUUUUAAAAAAGUUGAUGCAACUGGGAGCACUUCCUAGUUACCACCUUAGAUUCGUGAAGGUGUGUUGAUUGAAACUUACACGCUUUGACAUAAUAGAAUAUGUGAAACUUACACGUUUGACAUAAAAGAAUAUAUAACCAUUUUUCAUGUUUCUUCUA